GAAUAAUUAAUUAUCUAUCUGUCCCUCUUUAUUUUCUCCUCAAACCAAACAUGAAAAGCCUCCAUUAUUUUCUCCCUCUUCUCAUUCUCUUCAUCACCAUCACCCUCACCACGGCAUCUCCACCCUCCUCCUCCUCCUCCUCAUCAUCAUCAUCACCAGCCCCCAUGAAAAACCUAAGCAACGACACAAUCUACAGGAUCUCCAAACAGCUAUGCUGGAACUGCCUAGGAGAGGCCCUGCAGUUCCUGUUCCGACACAACCUAGUCAGGGCAUCCAAGUGGGAGCCCCCACUCGCGUGGGACCCGCAGCUGGAGGCCUACGCCACGUGGUGGGCGGCCCAGAGAAAGGCAGACUGCCGCCCCAUGCACUCCUUCCCAGAAGGGGAUUUCAAGCUGGGAGAGAACAUAUAUUGGGGGAGUGGCUCCACUUGGACCCCUGGCGAUGCAGUCAAGGCCUGGGCUGAUGAACAGAAGUAUUAUAACUAUGAUGCAAAUAGCUGUGCUGAAGGGCAGGUUUGUGGGCAUUACACUCAGAUUGUGUGGAGAAAGAGUGUGAGAGUUGGGUGUGCUAGGGUUGUUUGUGAUGAUGGUGAUGUUUUCAUGACAUGUAAUUACUACCCACCUGGGAAUUAUAUUGGUGAGAAGCCAUAUUAGUGUUAUAUAUAUAUUUAUCUCACAUAUAUAUGUACAUGUGAAUCAUAUUCCUUACAUUUCUGUAUAUCAUAAAUGAUGGUAUAAAAUA